AUGUGUUCAUCGUCAUUCGAUCUAGCCCAUGUUCGCCUUAGGCAUAAAGUCUGCCUCUACAACUUACUUCGCUGUUGUUGACCUUGAAUCGCACUGGAUGUGACGAACUUCUCUCUUGUAUGAGCUUCUAGUACAACUUGUCAGGCUACCCAAGGCAAGAUGUCGAUCCAUCCAUCGAGGCAGGCGCAGGUGGAAGAUGACGAGCGAGCGCUUCCCGGACUCUGCUGGGACGUCAGGAGUGAAAAGAAUGACUGAUCAGACUCCACGCAGGAAGCAGAUGCCAGUAUCAGUCUUAGUAACAUACCAAUCGACCGCAACCAUGCGACUUCCUUCUCUGCAGCUGGACUACAGUCCCAGCAGAUAUACGACGACAUGGCGCGCAAGCGAAAGGCAGCGUCCCUAGCAGUGCCCACCGAUGACAAGCGCGUGCGCCUCGAACUCCGCAGCAGAGGUGAGCCCAUAACUCUCUUCGGUGAGCGGCCAGAGGAUCGGCGAGAAAGGCUACGAGAGCUCUUGUAUCGCGAGCAGGAAAGCGGCGCCGGCGAGGAUACAGCCAUGCUUGAUGCCAACGAGCAGCCCGUACACGAGGACGAUGAGGAAGAAGGUGAGUUCUACACGCAAGGCAGUGAUACUCUGGUUGAAUCACGAAAGGAGAUUGCGCGGUAUAGCUUGCCAAGAGCGAAGCGGCGCAUAGCCCAUCAACGGCUUGAAAGUACGAUCCCAGUCCAGACACAUGUCAAGCACCGGAAGGCGAUCAAAGAGCGGCUCGGUGGCUUCGAGUUGUUCGGCAGUCAAAUCGCCAGUGAGCGGCCGAUGGGCAUCGUACGCUUCGCACCAAACGGACAGCUAGUGGCAUGCGGUGAUUGGGCUGGGAGCAUUAAGCUGCUAGACGUACCUAACCUUGAAACGAGAGCGGUUCUACGCGGUCACAAGCAGCUAAUAGGCGGCAUAUCGUGGUAUCCGGGUGCUACACUUCCGCAAUCCGGCAUCAGCGAUGAGGCUGUUAACCUUGCAUCUUCCGGUGGCGAAGGCGAAAUUCAUCUCUGGGCACUCAACCAAGACACUCCGAUCGCAACACUUUCCGGACACAGCGCAAGGGUCUGCAGGACCGACUUUCAUCCUUCAGGCAAGUACCUCGCAUCGGCCUCUUACGACACGACUUGGCGGCUGUGGGAUAUUGCCACCACCACGGAGUUGCUACUUCAGGAGGGUCAUAGCAAGGAAGUCUAUACAGUAACCUUCAACGAAGACGGCAGCUUGGUCGCUUCAGCAGGCCUUGACAGUAUCGGCCGGAUUUGGGACUUGCGGACAGGCAGGACGGUGAUGCUUCUGGAGGGCCAUAUCAAGCCUAUUCAUGCGGCAGACUGGGGUAGCGAUAGCAUCAGGGUAAUGACGGGUAGUCAAGAUGGCUUCGCGAAAUGCUGGGACCUGCGUGCCGUUCGCGAGACGGCGAGCAUUGGAGCGCACCGUGGUGGGGUGACGGAUCUGCGAUGGUUCAAAGGGACAGACGGCCCGCUCUCAGAUCGAUCGCCGCGGGUGGAAAGCAAGGAUGUCACAAUUACCAAUGGAGAGGAGCAUGGCGGAAGUGACGAAGUUGAGGCCGUACCGACUCCGAAAAGGGCAGGCACGUUCUUCGUCAGCAGUGGCUUCGACAAAACGGUCAAUAUCUUCUCCGCCGAUGAUUGGGCGCUGUGUAAGUCCUUGACAGGACACGAUGGGGUGGUGGUGGCGACAGAUAUCACGGCGGAUGCGCGUUGGAUCGCUAGCUGUGGGCGAGAUCGGACCGUGAAGUUGUGGGCCAGGGAUGAUAUGGAGGGUAUAUGAACGUAUUACUCGCGGUUGCCGCAUCCCCCACUUACCAUGCACACAAAAUCCAUGCCUGCUAUUCAAAACACAGUGUGUUGCCCU